AUGCCACUGCUUACGAUGGCCGUCCGGCCUCAAGUGGUCUUCAGCGCGGACGCGUCACCCAAUCUGAGGAUCUGUACCUUUGGCCUGGCCUCCCUGGCUCUCACGGCAAAGCCCGAGAAGGAGCUUUCAGUGCGCAGGGAGAAAAUCGAGCUGCCCAACCAGGCUCUGCUCGGUGUGGAUUGGAUCGGCGACAGCAGCGCACCGGAAGCAAUCCUGCUUGUGUUUCCCGGCAUCGGUACCAACAGUCGAAGGGGCUUCGCUGGCAUGAUCGCGCACCACGUGGCCAAGACCUUUACGAGCUGUAAGGUUGGAGUCGGCGUAAUGCAAGGUCAUGACGACCUACCUCUCCAGUCGGCAUGCCUACCUGCCACCGCCUAUGUGGGGAUAGGAGACAUCGGCCACAUUCUUGAGCAUGUCAGCAAGAAAUCGACUGCGCCACUGGUGGUUGUCGGCUGCUCCAUUGGCGCUGCCCACUUCACGCGCUGGGCUGGGAUGAAUCCCGAGAAGCUGCAAGAGUACCGUGUGCAAGGUGCAGUCCUAGUCUGCCACGGGCAUUCAUCUCGACCAGCCGCAACCGCCGUGGAUGCUUCUGGGGCAGCACCUUUCAUCCUGGCCGCAUAUCGCGAUAUCGUGCGGCGAUGUUCUGAUCUGGAGGUAUUGUCUACAAGCUUCCCUGGCUUCGAACCCGAGAAGCUUCGGCGGGCUCGCAGCCUACGUGAAUGGGAUGAGGCAUUGCUCCCCGUCUAUGGCUUCACUGAGCAUGAAGACGUCAUGGAUGCAGUGGACACCACCCCUUCAAUGAUGGAGCAGCUUCCCAUUCCGGUUAUUUUCCUCGGAGCAGGGAAUGACCCCAUCACCCCGUCCACCCGCCUCCUGGAUGGACAGGUGCAAAAGCUCGUGAAGAACAGUGCAGUUGUUCACCUGAGCCACGGCUCGCACAUGGCUUGGUGGGAAGGGCCUCCAUGGGCACUGCAUCAGUCAUGGGCCUGUCGCUUGAUGGCAGAGGCCGUCGGCACCCUCACGGGUCUAGCGGUGCCACCAGCUCAACCGCCCCCGACGGGCUGCUGCUGCUGA